AUGCGAUUCUGGAAUGCCUUGGUUGCAAUCGCUCUGCUUCCGAUCGUCGCGGCUGAUUUCCACUUCGGCUUUGUCACUGCAGCCCGCUUUGCAGACCCCAUCUUCGGGGGUAGCGGCGUGUAUUAUAUAUGGUGGGUUUUGCUCCCAUGGAACCACGAUGGUUGCCUUCAGUCACUUGGCAAGAGCGACGGCGGGGAGGCGUACGUCCAGCUCGGAUACAUAAACGGCACAAUUUGCGGGGAACACGUUAUAGUUCUCCCUACGCUUGAUGGGUGGCGAACCUCGAACUCAAGCGGGGCGUGUUACCCAACUUAUCCGGGUACCAAUAAGAUGCAUUAUGCGUCGUGCACUUUCGCAAACUCGUAUGUUUACAUCGAUUUGUACUGGUGCGAUUCGUACUUGUGCGGGAAGUGA